AUGACCGACAGAGUCUAUCCAGCCAAACCUCCCGCCGCGGCGGCGGCGGCUCCUCCAACCACCACCGCCGUGCCCGGCGCGGCUCCCGCCUUCCCCGCAACGAAGGCCCAGCUCUACGGAGCCAACCGCCCCGCCUACCGUCCCCAACCCCAACGCAAGUUCCGCCACAGCUGCUGCUGCCUCUGCUUCUGGAUAACCCUAAUCAUCCUCUCCCUCCUCUUACUCGCCACCAUCGCCGGCGCGGCCGUCUACGUCAUCUACCGUCCCCACCGCCCCGACUUGACCGUCUCCGGAAUCAAGAUCUUCAUAUUAAUAUCAAAUUCAUAUGAAGAAAAUUCAUAUGAAGGGUGGCAGAUCGGUUUCCGGUGGAGCGAAACCAGUUCGUCUCCGACGACCCCCGCAGAGGACGACGAUCAGCAGCAGCUCCUCCUCCAGGGCACGGCGGCGGCGGAGAGCAAGGAAGUGGAUUUGGAGAUGAUCGAGGACGAGGAGGACAACGAUGAGUCGGGGAACUACGGCGGGUUCUCGCCGGAUGCUCCGGACGACGAUUUCUUCGUGGGUUUGGAGGAGCUCACGAGUUUGGCUGCGGGGGAUUGCUUUUCCGUGCCUUUCCCAACGGGGUGUUUCUCCGGCUCUCUUCCCUUGGCAGGGGGGUUAUUCGAUUCUGUGAAUGGGUUGAAGCUGAGUCAUGAAACCCUCUCUGGUUUAACUAGUAGGAAUCUGGUUUCUGGGUAUAAGUCAGACAAUUCUGCUGUUGAUAAUAAGAACCCAGUGAGGAUUUCUCCUUUGCCAACCAGUUGCCCUAGUGGAAACGUUGGCGAGGCAACGUUUCAGUCGAGCAGAACCCAAGCUUUAGAGUCGCCCCAUGAUGAUUUUGAUUUCAGUGAUGUGGUUCUCAAGUAUAUUACUGAUAUGCUCAUGGAAGAAGACAUGGGAGAGAAAGCAUGCAUGUUCCAGGAGUCCUCAGCAGCACUUCAGGCCGCAGAGAAAUCGCUCUAUGAACUCAUUGGAGAAAGGUACCCACCAACUUUACAUGUUACUGAUCAACACCAUGAGAGUUUAGAUGAAAGCCAUGAACCGAAUCCUCGCACUUGUUCUACUAGUAGCCCGAACAGCAACAGUUGUGGUGGUAGUAGCUUAAUUGAUUCUGGGUGGAGUUAUAAUGAUAAUUAUACAUCACAUAGUCCAGUGCUCAGCUCAAGCACAGUAAUUGAUAGUUCAUUCGCAGAAUCUCCAUUGAGCAGCAUUUCAGUUCCAGACUUUUUUGCUGAGACCGAGUCUGCUAUUCAGUUUAGAAAAGGGUUUGAAGAGGCAAGUAAGUUCAUUCCCAGGAGUAAUUUGGCUCUUGAUGUAGAGAGUAACGGGAUCUACCUUAAAGACCUUUAUGAUCAUGAUAGUAAGCAUGAGCCUAGAGGAAAGAAGAACCCUCAUCCUCCUGAGUAUCUCAACUUGGAGGUUGGAUCUGGAAGGAGCAGUAAGCAGUCAGCAGUUUCUUCUCCCGAAUCAACAGUGAGUUCUGCAGAUUUUGACAGGAUAUUACUCAACUGUGCACAGGAUCCAGAGGCUUCACUCCGUGCAGCUCUCCAGAGUGAGAAGAACAAGACAGCACAGCAGAAUAGACAAACCACCAAAGGGUUGUCUAGUAGUGGUGGCAGAGCUCGAGGCAAGCGCCAGGGGAAAGCUAAACAAAAUGUGGUUGACUUAAGGACACUGUUGACUCUCUGCGCACAGGCUGUUGCUGCUGAUGACAGGAGGAACUCAAACGAUCUUUUGAAACAGAUAAGGGAUAAUGCUUCCCAAACUGGGGAUGGAAUGCAGAGACUCGCAUACAUUUUUGCAGAUGGUCUGGAGGCACGCUUAGCUGGCUCGGGAACACAAAUAUAUAAAGCACUCAUUACAAAGCCAACCUCAGCUGCUGAUGUGUUGAAAGCGUACCAGCUGUUUCUAGCUGCAUGUCCAUUUAGGAAGCUCUCGAACUUUUUCUCAAACAAAACAACAAUGAACUUGGCUCAACGUUCGACAACGAAAACUCUUCACAUAGUUGAAUUCGGAAUUCUUUAUGGUUUCCAGUGGCCAUGCCUCAUUCAGCGCUUGUCCUCCAUGCCUGGUGGGCCUCCAAAGCUUCGAAUCACAGGAGUCGAUUUCCCGAACCCGGGUUUCCGGCCAGCUGAAAGGGUGGAGGAGACUGGGCGUAGGUUGGCAAACUACGCUAGAACUUUCAAUGUUCCGUUCGAGUUCAAUGCCAUUGCACAGAAGUGGGACACUAUUCGGAUCGAGGAUCUCAAGAUUGAGAAGGGUGAGGUUCUGGUUGUGAACUGUUUAUUCAGGCUGAGAAACUUGCUGGAUGAAACGGUGGUGGUGGACUGUCCUAGGAACAUUGUCCUAAACCUGGUGAGGAAGAUGAGGCCCGAUGUCUUCAUACUCGGCGUUGUCAAUGGAGCCUACAGCGCACCAUUCUUCAUCACCCGGUUCAGGGAGGCUCUCUUCCACUACUCCACUUUGUUUGAUAUGUUGGAGACUACUGUUCCACGUGAUAUCCCGGAGAGGAAGCUUAUUGAGAGAGAAAUUUUCGGUUGGGAGGCCAUGAAUGUGAUUGCUUGUGAAGGUGCAGAGAGGCUGGAGAGGCCAGAGACAUACAAGCAGUGUCAAGUCAGGAUGCAAAGAGCUGGGUUCACACAGCUGCCUCUGAAUAGGGGGAUUUUUACGAUUGCAAAAGAAAAGGUGAAGGAGAAUUAUGACAAAGAUUUUGUGAUUGAUGAGGAUGGGCAAUGGCUUCUCCAAGGGUGGAAGGGUCGGAUUUUGUAUGCACUCUCUACCUGGAAACCUAUCGAUUAUUAA